CAGCAUACAAACGAUUAAAAUGUUGAAAUUCGCGGUACUUCUUUCCGUUUUGGCCUGCGCCUUGGCUGGCACCAUUCCCGAUGGCCUGCUGCCCCAGUUGGAUGGUCGUAUCGUCGGUGGUUAUGAGACCAGCAUCGACGCCCAUCCCUACCAGGUGUCCUUGCAGCGCUAUGGAUCACACUUCUGCGGUGGAUCCAUCUACUCCCACGACAUUGUGAUCACCGCCGCUCACUGCCUGCAGUCGAUUGAGGCCAAGGACCUGAAGAUUCGUGUGGGCAGCACCUACUGGCGCUCCGGCGGCAGUGUCCACUCCGUUCGCUCCUUCCGCAACCACGAGGGCUACAACUCCCGCACCAUGGUCAACGACAUUGCUAUUAUUCGCAUCGAGUCCGAUCUGAGCUUCCGCUCCAGCAUUCGCGAGAUCCGUAUUGCCGACUCCAACCCUCGUGAGGGCGCCACCGCCGUGGUUUCCGGCUGGGGCACCACCGAGUCCGGUGGCAGCACCAUUCCCGAUCAUCUGCUGGCCGUUGAUCUGGAGAUCAUCGAUGUGUCGCGUUGCCGCUCGGAUGAGUUCGGAUACGGAAAGAAGAUCAAGGACACCAUGCUCUGCGCCUACGCCCCACACAAGGAUGCCUGCCAGGGUGACUCCGGUGGCCCACUUGUCUCCGGAGACCGCCUUGUCGGUGUUGUGUCCUGGGGCUAUGGAUGCGGUGAUGUGAGGUAUCCCGGUGUCUACGCCGACGUUGCCCACUUCCACGAGUGGAUCGAGAGGACCGCCGAGGAGGUGUAAAGCCAGACAAACACUUGAAAUAAAUCGCAAUUGAAUCAGC